AUGAAGUUACUGUUGCGGCACAAAAAAGCGGCGAAGGCACUAUCGCCACAGAGUAAUGAGCCUUAUUGUUUACAGAAGCCGGAAAACAGAAACAGCUACGGCAAGAAACAUCAAGGUAUCGUAAAUGCAUCAAAAUUACUGGCUAACGAAUAUGAUAACCUCGAUUCACAGCCUAACUUAAUUAGCUUGCUCCUGGUUAUUGAUUCACAAGGACUUACAACUAUGCCA